ACACUAUAGUAGCAGUAGUAGCGCAUCAGUCACAACAACGUUUCGUCCGCUGUUAUUCCGAGUUCCGCUGCAGCAAACGCACAGUUAAAAAAUAUAUAUAUAGUAUUUAUAUAUGGGUGUACAGGAGAUCCGCAUAAUCAAUUAUGAAGUACCACUGGCCGUUUGCAAUUUUAUUGAUAUUUCCAAUAGCAACACACCAGCGAUCUUUUAAAGAAGAAUUAAGUUAUGUCGGAGCAGUCGUUGAGUACAGCCCAGUAAAAUCCACAAACGGCGGAGUAAGCGUUGCAGACCAGAAUACGGAAAAUUAUAUGAAGUUUGUUGCAAAGGCUUCCGAAUAUAAAGUCGACAUUCUCGUAUUUCCCGAGUCAAGUCUUUCGUCCUCGCCUUCGUACAUCCCAGCUCCGGAAGAUAAAGUCACUCCAUGCGACGAGACAAAAGAAAAAUACACCACCGCCCUGAAGAGCAUGUCAUGCGCUGCCAAAAAAUACGGCAUGUACAUGGUGAUAAACCACCGCGAAAAGUUCGACUGCGAAGCCAGUAACAGCAGCAAGUGUCCUGGCAACGGCCUCCUCAUCUACAACACGAACGUGGUCUUCGACAGAUCAGGUCAGGUGAUCGCGAGGUACAGAAAGUACAAUCUCUUCGGUGAAAAGGGUAUAAACACGGAACCAGUAGCUGUACCUUCUACCUUCAAGACGGACUUUGGUGUCACCUUCGGACAGUUCAUCUGCUUCGACAUCCUGUUCGAGACACCCACGUUGAAUCUGACACGAGAUCUUGGGGUAACCGACAUCGUCUACUCGAACCAUUGGUUUUCCGAGUUACCACUCGCCUAUGGUGUGGAAGCUCAGGGAGCUUGGGCCUAUGCGAACGACGUGAAUUUCCUCGCUUCUGGCUACAAUAAUCCGAAGACCGCUAGUGGAGGUAGUGGAAUUUACAUAGGACAGAAGGGCUACAUAAAAGUUAUCUCCGAGGACAAAGCGUCCAACAUCCUGGUCGUAGCUAAGAUUCCAAAAGUCGUGAAUGGAAAACGAGCCCUUGACAUCGACGAGAAAGAAUUGCACGUCGUUACGUUCAACAAGUCGGAGAUCUCCACAUCGGACGUCAGCGGAACUGGAACGUACACUUACAAAACGAGUGAUCUCAGCCCUUACACUUCGGAAUUAAUCGACGUCAAGCAGAGCUCGUACAACAAAACGCUUUGCAAUCGAGGGCUAUGCUGCGACUUCAAAUUAAAAAUGGACUACGAUGACAGUGUCGUUAACGAAGACUCUAAGUACUACAGAUACCGCCUGGCAGUAUUCAAUGGCACCAUGUCGUUCGCCGGUGCAGCAACGGGGGGGAUAAAAGUGUGCGGAGUAAUCGCCUGUACUGCCGACUCUCUGGACACUUGCGGUGAAUUGUUCCAGCCGGACAAGAAGUUCGUCGCGCCAGUGACGUUCAGAUCGAUCGACAUCAAGCUCCCCAGAGCUGGUAGCGAGAAAAUUUUCUUCAUGCCGGCGACCUUCGCCAAGAAUAUGCAGCCGUUGAACUCGACGGAGUUUUCUUUUGGCAUCGUGGGGCCGAAGGAGGCACAGGAUUACGAGAUGGCGUUGAAGAAGCCGAGAAGUGAUCUGCUGAGUUUUGUACUUCUGGGUAGAAAUUUUGCACUAGACGGUGGUCCGGUGACCAAAGGGUUGUCUUCGGUGAUGUCCAGCUCUUUUGCGCUUCUGUGGACGGUUGUCUUGGCUAACAUGGCUGUAUACUUUAAGCUUCUUUAAGAAGAACAGAAGCUAUAUAUUGUCUUAUUAUUAUGUAUGGAUUCUUUUCCGAGGAAAUAAUUAGUUUGACGAUAAAAUUAAUUGUCAGCG